AUGUUGUUUAGUGUAUUGUUCCUCAAGGUGUUAUUCAUAGCCCAAACUGAGUUUGGACAGCCGGAUUAUAUUCGUUGUGUUUGCACUGGGCUACGCAAAUGUUAGCUAGUCAUGCUAAUAACAACAACAAGGCUAUGGUAGCUUUAGCGCAACAGUGUAAUAUUGUGUCUUUAAGAGAUAUGGCGGAUUCAAGUGGUCUGACUGACGUCACAGUGAAGACUCUGGACUCACAGAGCAGGAGCUAUAAAGUCAGGGGGGAGUUGACAGUGAAGCAGUUCAAAGAACACAUAGCUCCAUCAGUGGAGAUCCCAGUCGACAAGCAGAGGCUCAUCUACCAGGGUAAAGUGCUCCAAGAUGACAGAACGCUGACAAUGUACAAUGUGGAUGGAAAGGUUAUUCAUCUGGUGGAACGAGCGCCACCUGAAAGCCCCAUGUCUGGCUCAGGGGGUGCGGGCGUAUCCAUUGGCGUGGCAGAGACCAGCAGCAGCCAUGUUUCCACUUCCUCCCAGGGCGAACCCCAUGACCGUAACAACUACGUGAUGCUCGGGACGUUUAACCUGCCUUUCAAUGUCACGGAACCGCAGCAGAUACAGAUGUCUGUGCAGCAAAUGCUGGCUGGAGUCAGUGACCCAGGAAGGACCACCAGGGUCAGCACUCAAGCAGGGAACGUGCAGAGUCACUUGGGCCAGUCAGUGCAGAGUGAGGCUCGGAUGAGGCUCCAGCUCGCUCAGAUCUUGCUGCGGAAUGCUGACACUCUGAUCCACAGACUGGAGGAGGUGUCCAGUGGCAGCAGUUUACAGACAGAGUCCGAAGUACAAACCUCCUCUUCAUCCUUGCCUGUAUCGCCCUCCUCGGCGGUAGUCGCUCAAGCAUUACAACCGGCGGAUGCCAACAUUCCUCCUCCUGCUGCGGCAUCAUCAUCCACCUCCACACAGACUGAACAAGCACACAACACACAACCUAAUAAUCAUCCAAGUCCAGCUGAGUUGCUGGAGAUUCUCUCAGAGGUCAAGAGGGUGGAAGAAAGGUUACUUCCAUUCAUCCAGAGGACCCAGUCCAUUCUUGGAGCAGCCUCCUCGGCAGACUACAACAACAAUCUGUCAAAGAGGCAGCUGCGACUCUCUUUGCUCCUCCGUGGCUUCCCUCAGAGACACUGGCGGUCACCACACCCCUCCGACUUUCAGAUGCAGGAACGAGAAACGAAUCAGCGUGUGCUCAAUAUGGCAGGGGAUGCGGUACGUCUUCUUGGCAAUACAUUGAUUGUCCUUGGUGACCUACGUUGCAACCUGGCAACACCGCCUCCUCGCCAGCUAUAUGUAGCCCAGCCCAUGGCCCAGUAUACCCAACCUGUCUUGGUCCAGUCCAGUCUGCCACACAUUCCCAUUUCACUCAACAUAGGCACCACAGCAACUACGCAAUCAAAUGAAGUACUCUCGUCCGAAGGUCAACGUCAGCAACCUCAUACCAACGAUCUUUCAGAUCAGCAGACUCUUGGUCGGGCUCGGCCUCUUCACUCCAGUGGUACAAUUCAUUCAGUUCAAGGACAAGAAGGACCCCGAGUAAUCAGAAUCACCCACCAGACCUUGGAGCCUGCAGUCAUGAUGCAGAUGAACAUUGAUGGUGAUCCUGGUUCAGUCCAGCCAGGAUUACCCCCAGACUUCACGAGAGCUAUUGUUCAGCAAAUCUCCCGUCAAGCAGCCGCCAUUGCCGCAACAGCUUCAUCAGACCACCCAGUAAACCUGGCAGCAUCCAGUGCUGGUACCACUGACCGCAAUGAAAGAAUGCCUUCUACACAUCCCCCACAUCCUACUCAGGCAAGGGUUGUCUUCACCAGACCAUCCUUCCCUCAGCCUAUUGGAACCACAGCAGCCACUUUCAACCUGAGUGCCACGGUGCCCACAACCAGCCAACAGGACCAAGUUCUGACUUCUUCCCUCACCCAAAUGGUCAGCAGUCUGGUGGGGCAGCUUCUGAGGCCUGGGCACACAGGUGAUACCACGUCCAGCUCUCAAUCAUCCUUCUCUUCAUCUGAGUCCUCCUCAUCUCCUGUUAAUCCCUCUGCCGACACACCUGCACACAACACCACCUUGGGAUCUGUGGGUCAGCCAGCAGAAGGUGCUUCAGAGGGGACCCUGGUCCAACUCCUAGGCUCCCUGCCAGCGGGAGUUGCAGGGACAGGAAGUUCUGGUUCUGGAGCAGCGGACUCCAUCACUGUGACUCUACCUGGAGUGCCUGGUUUCAUUCACAGCAUGUCAGGCAUCACUUCAUCGCCUCCAAGCCGUCCUGUUGAACCGAACGUUCCUCAGUCCCAAAGUCCCUCCCUGCCUCAGCCAGGCAGUGGAAUUGGUGGAGACACUUUGAGCCCUGAUUUAUUCACUGGAAUUGCACAAGGAGUGCAAUUUAUGAACUUUAUGAACUCUCUUGGGGCAGAGCGAGGCAAUGAAGAAAGUAUAGCCCAGUUCUUCCAGAGGCUGUCUCAGACCACCAACCUGUUUACCAUUGGAUCUGGAGUUGCUGGCGGUUUCUUUUGCGACCUGUUGUCUCUGUUGUGUCAAAAUUUUGCAAUUGUGGACAUAGUGCUGUUGCUUAAUGGGACUGCUCAGCCUAUUACCCGAAUUCAGCCCCAGCUGACUGACUUCUUCACUGAGCACUACCUGCAGGGCCAAGAACCCACUGAACCUAACAUAGCUAGAGCAGCUGAGAACCUCAUCAGCGGUCUGGAGGAGCAUAUAAGGGAGAGUUUUGACACAGUGAGGGUCCGUGAAGGAGUGGACAUUGUUCAAACCAACCUUGGGUUCCUCAGACAGCAGUUAGUAAAGAUGGCUUCACAUGUUCUAUGCUGCAAUGAUCACACCUUUGGCCCACGAAUUCUGUUGCUGUGCACACAGGGUCUUUUUGAAUGUCUUGCCCUCAACUUAUACUGUCUUCAAGGAGAUCAGAGAGCUCUGACUGCUGUCAUGGCCCACCUCAUUAGGAGAAUGUCCACAGAUGUCCAUCCCAUUCUGGUCACCUUAUUGACCAGAAUGAUGUCUCUGAGGCUGAAUAUCAUUUUGGAGCACAACCCAGUUACCGAGGAUCAGAUCCAACAACAUGUCAUAUUUACACGGGCUGACUUGAACCAAAGGACAGAGGCUGGCAUUGGACGACCGCUAUCUCAAAGUCAAAAUGUGUUAGAGGAGAGUUUAUCUGCUGCAGCGACCACAGCAGAGGGGGUCUUGGCAUCGUCUGGUGACAGCGGAGAGGCUACACACUCUCCAACAGGACGGGCCGAGCUGGCCCCUGAAGGCCAACCAUGGGAAGCGUCUCUUCCACCUGAGUGGGUUCCUGUUAUCAGGGACGACACGUUGUCUCAGAGGAAGAUUAACGCGCAGCCUGCGUUGUCUGAUGCCUACCUCCACGGCAUGCCCGCAAAGAGGAGGAAGAUAACAGAACGUGAAGGACCCCACCUCUCCUUGUCAGAUGCAGUGUGUCGAGCAGCUAGCUCUGUUGGAGCUUUGCCGGUCACUGCCAUAAACAGCCUGCAGGGGGAGCUGCAGAGGCCAGAGCUACAGGAAGCAUAUGCAAAACAGGUGAAGAACGACAUCAAAGUGCGAGUGCAGGAUGAUCCAGACUACAGCGCUCAGAGAUUUCCCAACACACAUCAAGCUUUCUCCUCAGAUGACUCUGAAAACGCAGACUGCAAUCAUGGAACUUGAAUCAGAGAUCAAAGGUGAAAGGACCUUAACAGGAGCAUUUAGAACGCUCAUACCCAUUGUUUCCGACAACUGUGGACCAAUAAUGCCCACGGAGCUCGUCAAUUGUUGUGCGAAAACAUUAUUUUUGAAUAAACAGCAGAAAAGGACAAUUUUUGUGAGUAGGAUAAUUUGAGUUAAGACAUUUUUUAAAAGUAAGGUCUAAUGCAUUACUGCUAUUUUUCAUAAUCACAUUUUCCCAAUAAAAGAAAGAUCGCUGCAGUAAAAAUAAAGGAAUAAGUAAGCAAGUAAAAAUAUAAAGUAAUAUUCUGCAAGACAUUUCAAAAAUAAGUACUCUUGUAUUUGAUAUUGAAAUGUUUUCUAGGGGGGCAGCAUGUUGGAAAGAGGGGUUAAUGCAUGUCCCUCACAUUACAAAGGUCCUGAGUUCAAUCCCGGGCUCGGGAUCUUUCUGUGUGGAGUUUGCAUGUGACUAUGUGGGUUCCCUCCGGGUACUCCGGCUUCUUCCCAUCUCCAAAGACAUGCACCUGGGGAUAGGUUGAUUGGCAACACUAAAUUGACCCUAGUGUGUGAAUGUUGUCCGUCUAUAUGUGUUGGCCCUGUGAUGAGGUUGCGACUUGUCCAGGCUGUACCCCGCCUUCCGCCCAAAUGCAGCUGAGAUAAGCUCCAGCACCCCCCCCCCCCCCCCCCCCCGCCACCCCGAAAGGAACAAGCGGUAGAAAAUGGAUGGAUAUUUUCUAGGGUCGUCUUAGUUUCGUCGACUAUUCAACGAUUCAAUUCGGAAUAGUCUAAUUCGACUAUCAACUUGGCAGUAGAAUUUUCGUUUUAUUAAAGGGGACAACAUAUACACACAAUCUGGCAAGAGCCAAUAAAAAAACAAGCUCAGGUUCAAAAUUACCCCACAGGCUGCACUUUGGACACUUUGUUGGGUUUUUUUAUAUCCUAUGACUCUGAAAAUAUCCCCACUUGGUGAAAAUCGAACCAAUUAACAGCGAUAAAGGACGGACGACUGUAUAAACAAUUUACCACAAUAUACCUCACACUGUAAUGUAGCUUCUUUUAAGACCUAUACUUUUAAAAAAAAUGUUUGAGUAAAACAAAACUAGUAAACUUGUUUAAACAAGUUUAUUAGUUUUGUAAUUUUUAAUUUGUAGAAUAGUAAAACUGUCGAACAAUAUCUGCCUGCCUGUUUUAUUCCUUCUUCAUUCAAUAAACAUGACAAUAUGUCAGUAAAUAGCUGGACAAAAUUUUGAGUUUUUUUUUUUAGGAAACUUCAGAGCAGUAGUGAUGUAUUGUUUUAGGCGGCGCUAAUGGUGUGCUUAGAUCAGUGGUUCUCAACCUUUUUUCAGUGAUGUACCCCCUGUGAACAUUUUUUUAAUUCAAGUACCUCCUAAUCAGAGCAAAGCAUUUUUGGUUGAAAAAAAGAGAUAAAGAAGUAAAAUACAGCACCAAGUCAUCACUUUCUGAUUUAUUACAUUGUAUAACGGUGCAAAAUAUUGCUCAUUUGUAGUGGUCUUUCUUGAACUAUUCAGAAAAAAAUAACUAAAAAUAACUAAAAACUUGUUGAAAAAUAAACAAGUGAUUCAAUUAUAAAUAAAGAUUUCUACACAUAGAAGUAAUCAUCAACUUAAAGUGCCCUCUUUGGGGAUUGUAAUAGAGAUCCAUCUGGAUUCAUGAACUUAAUUCUAUACAUUUCUUCACAAAAAAAUAAUAUUUUAAACAUAAACAAUAUUUAUGGAACAUGUCCACAAAAAAUCUAGCUGUCAACACUGAAUAUUGCAUUGUUGCAUUUUUUUCACAGUUUAUGAACUUACAUUUAUAUUUUUUGAAGUAUUAUUCAAUAAAUAUAUUUAUAAAGGAUUUUUAAAUUGUUGCUAUUUUUAGAAUAUUUUUUAAAAAUCUCACGUACCCCUUGGCAUACCUUCAAGUACCCCCAGGGGUACGCGUACCCCCAUUUGAGAACCACUGGCUUAUAAAAACACCAAACAAUGUGUAUUACCUGUCUGUGUGAAGUGGGGGUGCGGCAGGGUUUGUCUGACGCCACAUGGAAACAUUCUCAAGAACUGAAAUAAAUGCACCGUCAGAAAUCAAAACAUCUUUGGGGAGAAUCAACAAUUAAUUUUUAUUCCUAAAUUAAUUUCAAAAAGUGUCUCUAGGUUUUAAGAAAAGGGGCGGGGGUUCAGCCCCAAUGAUGCGGGUGAAACAUGUUUGCACUUACACAAGUUUUUUUGGCAGACAACCUUUUAGCGCUGUAUUAAAUGAAAAAAAUAACCAAAUGGUGCAAAGUUUCAGUCAUCUUUCAGUUGGCCCGAGAACAAAAAGACAGUGUUGUUGCGUGGAAAAGCUACCCAGCAAUGUUGCAUAGAAACAUGUACACGAAUAUGCAAAAUACUACUCGGUUAAAGGAGAAUUGCAUUGAUUUUUGAAUUUUGCCUAUCAUUCAUAAUCCUUAUGUAAGACAAUCACACACAUGUUGAGUUUUUUAUGCAUUGAAAUAGUAAAUAAAUGAGAGCCAACAAACAUAAUAAAAGAUCACUUACUGUACAGUUUUAUGAGGAUUCCGACUGAUAGGAUGUUCAUAUAUUCCCCUUUAGAUGAAGAAUGACUCAUAAUCCUGGGGAAUAAUAAUAAUUAUCGGCAUUUUCUGCUAAAUUGGCUAUCAAAGUGUACCAACUUGUUGGAUUAUGUCCUCAUCCUUUUACUAUCCAGGAUAGGGGCAUUAUUUUUCAUAUAGAAGAAACUUUCACAAGCUCUGAUGCGAGAUAAUCACACAAGCUGGUGAUCGCUGCUAAAAUAGUUUGUCUGUGUUGGAACUUAUAAUAACAAUAUCACUAAUACUUGCUUCAUAUUCAAGUCAUCAAGUAUAAAUGUAGUAUUGUUGCCGCUUUUUAGAUGGUAUUUUAUUGGAUUUUAUGGGCGGAAUAGAGGACUUCCAAUUGGUGUCUUGUAAACAGAUUUAUUUACAAAUUAGAAUGCAGUAUACAAUAAAAUGCAUUUGUCUUGAUUGUGAACGACAGGCAAUUGUUUUGUUUUUUAGAGGGCAGUUCCCCUUUAACCUAAAAACAGGAGGUUCUGGUGGAAAGAAACGUAUUCAGAUUUUCGGUGAAGUGGGUGUUACUGGUGGAUCAGAUUGGAUUGGAUACUAAGCGCUGAAUAAGUUUCUUUCCACCAGAAAGAAACUUAUUUAUUUCUGGUGGAAAUCUGUCUAUUCUGAGCAAACACAAAAACUCUGAGCAUUCAGUGACGCACACGUAAGCAACAUCAGAUGUGCACACUGUCGCCACACCUGACAUAAGUUUGUUUUAUUAUAUUAAUGAAAUAAUCAUUUCCCAUAUAUUAUUUCCUAAUUUAAGGGAUUUGGCCUACUGACAAUGAAAAUAAAACAUCUUGUUUUUCAUGAGCUGUAUGUUGAAAGUCUGGGUGUGGGGGGCGGGGGGGGUCCUGCUGGGGAAUAACUUAAAGGCCUACUGAAAUGAGAUUUUCUAAUUUAAACAGGGAUAGCAGGUCCAUUGUUGGUGUCAUACUUGAUCAUUUCGCGAUAUUGCCAUAUUUUUGCUGAAAGGAUUUAGCAUAGAACAUCGACGAUAAAAGUUCGCAACUUUUGGUCGCUAAUAAAAAAGCCUUGCCUGUACCGGAAGUAGCAGACGAUGUGCGUGUGAUGUCACAGGUUGUGGAGCUCCUCUCAUCCUCACAUUGUUUACAAUAAAAGCCACCAGCAGCUAGAGCGAUUCGGACAGAGAAGGCGACGAUUUCUCCAUUAAUUUGAGCGAGGAUGAAAGCUUCGUGAAUGGGGAUAGGGAGAAUGAAGGACUAAAAAAAAAAAAAAAAAAAAGGCAAGGGCAGUGGAAGCGAUUCAGAUGUUAUUAGACACAUUUACUUGGAUAAUUCUGGAAAUUCCUUAUCUGCUUUUUGUGUUACUAGUGUUUUAGUAAGAUUAUGGUACCUGAAAGUCAGAGGGGUGUGGCCACGUGUGUGGUGACCGCCAGUGUCUCCGGUGGGAGGAGGUAAUAGUCCACAGCUGCAGGAGAACGCAAGAUCCGCUCAUGUUUACCGGAAGAGCCGACUUAUUAGCACAAUUUUCUCACCGAAACCUGCCGGUUGACAUGUGGUCGGGAACCAUGUUCGCUUGACUGCUCUGAUCCAUAGUAAAGCUUCACCUUCGAGAAUGUAAACAAGGAAACACAGGCUGCGUUUGUGUUGCUAAAGGUAGCUGCAAUACACCGCUUCCCAUCUCCAGCUUUCUUCGACUUCUCCAUUAUUAAUUGAAAACAAAUUGCAAAAGAUUCAGCAACACAGAUGUCCAGAAUACUGUGUAAUUAUGCUAUUAAAGCAGACUACUUAUAGCUUGGAUCGGGCUGGAAGAACAUGUCCGCUACAACCAGUGACGUCGCGCGCACGCGUCAUCAUUCCGCGACGUUUUUAACAGGAUGCUUUGCGGGAAAUCUAAAAUUGCAAUUUAGUAAACUAAACCGGCCGUAUUGGCAUGUGUUGCAAUGUUAAUAUUUCAUCAUUGAUAUAUAAACUAUCAGACUCCGUGGUCUGUAGUAGUGGGUUUCAGUAGGCCUUUAAGACUCUUUUCAGAGAUCCCAUGAAUAAGUUCACCUUAAAACGUUCACAUUUUGCACAAUGAGAUGUGUGUGCUUUAGCACAAGCAUGGGAUGCAAAUUAAGGUACAAAGAUUUGUCCGUAAAACAUAUCAUUACAUAGUUUUUAUUGGCAUUUAUAGCAUCUAGUGACCACAUUUCAUGGUUACUAUUUAUAAAUGAACAUUCACAUUAACAUGACAAAAGAAUAAGCACACAUCUGAUUGUAAAGUGUAUGUAGCAGGUAUAAAAAUAUUUUAUGCAUUCCACCAAAAUUCUCUCACGUUUUAUUUUAUUGCUCUAUUGUUAUUCAUUGUGGCAGCACGCAGGAACAGGGGUUAGUGCAUGUGCCUCACAAUACAAAGGUCCUGAGUUUGAUCCCAGGCUCGGGAUCUUUCUGUGUGGAGUUUGCAUGUUCUCCCUGUGACUGCGUGGGUUCCCUCCGGGUACUCCGGCUUCCUCCCACCUCCAAAGACAUGCACCUGGGGAUAGGUUGAUUGGCAACACUAAAUUGGCCCUAGUGUGUGAAUGUUGUCUGUCUAUCUGUGUUGGCCCUGUGGUGGCGACUUGUCCAGGGUGUACACCGCCUUCUGCCCGAAUGCAGCUGAGAUAGGCUCUAUUACCCCCCGCGAAACCAAAAGGGACAAGCUGUAGAAAGGAUCGAACCCAGGACCUUCAUAUUGUGAGGCAGAAGUAUUAACCCCUCUUUCACCGUGCUGCUCUGAAUAACAGUUUAUAUAUAUUUUUUAAACUCAUUCUCCUACAUAUUUAUAUUAAAUUUAUCUGUACUUGUGUAAAAAAAAAAAAAAAAAAAACUUAUACUAGAUAAUUUAUAUUCUUAUUUCACUGUAUUUGGCCCUCAAAAGCCUGGAAAAAUUCAUCAAUACAGUACUGUAACUGUUCUUACUAAAUGUAUUCUAUUUUGGGAAAAAAUAAAAUAUAUGUACUCCAUUGAAUUGCAAAUUAUACUUAAAUAUUGUCCAAUUAUGCAAAAAUAUAUUAUCACAUUCAAACCAUUUUUUAAAUAUAUAAAUACUAAUAAUGGUUUCAAAGCAAGUUAUCCGUCAAAUUGUGCAAUGAAAAAGCAGCAAUAGAUUUAAUGGUAAAAUUUACUGUGGUUUUUACAGCAUUUUUCUCUAAAUGGAAAAAAAAAAACUGUACUUUUUUCACUGUAACAAACUGUGGUGUCUUUUUAGCAUUUACAAUAAUACACCGAAAAAUCUAGUUGUUGAUUUGUGUAAAAAUACAAAAAACAAAUUGGCAGCGCAGGUGCCAAAAUUUUACUGCUGAAUUGCUUUUUUUUUUAUGUACAGUAAAAAAACAAAUGUAAAUUGUACAGUAAAAUUCUGGCAACUGAGCUGCCUUUAACCAUAAAAACAGCAGUACUGUUUUUCCAUUUACAGUAAAAUACACUAAAUUUUGAGGUGAAAUUAUUGCAACUUACCAUAUUUUUUUAUAGUUUGGUUUUUUUAAAUCUACUAAUAAAAUGCAUUACACAAAUGUGUAAUAAUAGUAUUCACUGUUAGAAACGGCCCUCUGGGACAGAACCUACUGCGAUGUGGCCCUCAGUGAAGACGACUUUUGACACCUCUGCUCUAGCAGAAAUGGCACUUUUCUCAUGCAGAGCACCACCUAGGGGUCUGACAUGCAUGUGCCUCAUAUUCCCUAUGGAAAAAAAAGAAAACAUGCACCAUUAAAGAAAAAACAUACCAGCAAACACCAAAACCACCUGACUGAUUUUUUUACUCAUCCCCAAUUUAAUUAUAAAAUGAUAUUGCUGAAUUUGAUAGUCUCGAAUAGCUGACAAGCGCAAACAGAAUAUUUUGUCUUUCUAUCGUCUCACCACUUUUCUCAAAGCCAUUUUGUAACUGUCAGUUUGCAGGAACACUUCAGCUGUGUUGAAUACAGACACAAUAAAUCACCUUGUGACUGCUAAGUUAAUAUUUUUGCAUCUUCUCCUUCACAGUAUAGAGAACAGCAUUUAUUCCUCAUAUACACAAAGACUUCUUUUUUUACUCACUUAAUACACGCAAUCCUCUGUGCACAAGCUUAGUAGAUCAGCAUUGUGUGCGCCAUCAAGUUUUCUUGAAAAGCAUUCGUAGAUCAGGCCCUUGUUGUGUGCAACUUUGACAAGAUGAGGCAUUCAGGUGCACUGCAAAUAUGAAUGCUUAGCUGCUGCGUGCCGUCGAUCCUUGCCACGAUAGACAGCCUUAAAGGCCUACUGAAAUGAGAUUUUCUUAUUUAAACGGGGAUAGCAGGUCCAUUCUAUGUGUCAUACUUGAUCAUUUCGCGAUAUUGCCAUAUUUUUGCUGAAAGGAUUUAGUAGAGAACAUCCACGAUAAAGUUCGCAAGUUUUGCUUGCCAGAAGAAAAGCCCUGCCUCUACAGGAAGUCGCAGACGAUGACGUCACAUGUUGAUGGCUCCUCACAUCUUCACAUUGUUUUUAAUGGGAGCCUCCAACAAAAACAGCUAUUCUGACCGAGAAAACGAUAAUUUCCCUAUUAAUUUGAGGGAGAAUGAAAUAUUUGUGUUUGAGGAUAGUGAUAGCGGCGGACUAGGAAAAAAAAAAAAACACGAUUGCAUUGGGACGGAUUCUGAUGUUUUUAGACACAUUUACUAGGAUAAGUGUGGGAAAUCCCUUAUCUUCCUAUUGUGUUGCUAGUGUUUUAGUGUGUUUAACAGUACCUGAUAGUUGAGGGGUGUGUCCACGGGUGUCUUGACGCCAAUGUCUCAGGGAAGUCGACGGCAGCUUUAUGGACGGCACAAGCUCAGCUGAUCUCCGGUAAAAAGCCACUUUUUAGCACAAUUUUCUCACUGAAACCUGCUGGUUGACAUUCGGUUGGGAUCCGUGUUCGCUGUGAUCCAUAGUAAAGUUUCACCUCCGUGAAUUUUAAACAAGGAAUCACUGUGUGUUUGUGUGGCUAAAAGCUAAAGCUUCCCAACUCCAUCCUUCUACUUUGACUUCUCCAAUAUUAGUUGAACAAAUUGCAAAAUAUUCAGCAACACAGAUCUCCAAAAUACUGUGUAAUUAUGCCGUUAAAGCAGACGACUUUUAGCUGUGUGUGUGUGCAGCGCUCAUAUUUCCAAAAAGCCCGUGACGUCAAGCGUACACGUCAUCAUUACGCGACGUUUUCAAGAAAAAAUUCCCGGUAAAUUUAAAAUGGCAAUUUAGUAAACUAAACCGGCCGUAUUGGCAUAUGUUGCAAUGUUAAUAUUUCAUCAGUGAUAUAUAAACUAUCAGACUGCGUGGUCGGUAGUAGUGGGUUUCAGUAGGCCUUUAAGCAACAAAAACUUCAGCCUGAGCAGCUGUUUUUUUUUUCUACCCGCCGCUAGUGUUUGACUAGUCACUAUUCAAUAGUGUAACAUUUUUUGGACAUUAAAAAAUGCAAAGUGCAGGGGAAUGUUGUCGUCCGUCCCCAAAUUACUCAACAGGUAGUGCCAAAUCUAUUUAUGGCGGUACCUUGAUGCUGGUAGGGAGAGUUCCUGUGCCGAUAGGGGUUUUAUUUAUUUAUUUUUUGCUAGAUUUGGGGCCUGCCUCCCCUGUGGCCCCACUGGGAGGGUGGGGGCCUCUCCUGUACAGGCUGGUGUUCCACUACCACUCGCUGGGGGCGCUUCAAUUCUGGGCCCCCAUAAACAAGAAUCCUAAGGCCCAACCCACCCUUCCCCUGCAUCCCACCUUAUACCCAACGCCACUGCCCCAUACACAUUUACACUAGUCAUGUGCGGAUCGAUACUGCUGAUACUAGGAAUUAUGUCGGAAUAUCAAUUGUCAACUCAAAAUAUCGAUACUUUGGAUACUUUAGUUAUUUGAGAUAAUGUCAUUUUUGUUGUGUUGGCAUGUUUAGUAUUUUCACGUUAAUGGAAAUUUGUAACUUAAAGGCCUGCUGAAACCCACUACUACCCACCACGCAGUCUGAUAGUUUAUAUAUCAAUGAUGAAAUAUUAACCUUGCAACACAUGUUGCAAGGUUAGUUUAGUAAAUUGCAAUUUAAAAUUUCCCGGGAGUUUUUUCUUGAAAACGUUGCGUAAUGAUGACGUGUACGCUUGACUGUUAGGAAAUAUUAGCGCUGCGCACACACAUAGCUAAAAGUCGUCUGCUUUAACCGCAUAAUUACACAGUAUUUUGGAGAUCUGUGUUGCUGAAUCCUUUGCAAUUUGUUCAAUUAAUAUUGGAGAAGUCAAAGUAGAAAGAUAAGGUUGGGAAGCUUUAGGCUUUAGCCACACAAACACACGGUGAUUACUUGUUUAAAAUUCACAGUGGUGAAACUUUACUAUGGAUCACAGCGAACAUGGAUCCCAACAGAAUGUCAACCAGCAGGUUUCAGUGAGAAAAUUGUGGUAAAAAGUGGCUUGUGCCGUCCCUAGAGGUGCCGUCGACUUCCAUGAGACACUGGCGUCAACACACCCGUGGACACACACCUCCGACUAUCAGGUACUGUUAAACUCACUAAAACACUAGCAACACAAUAGAAAGAUAAGGGAUUUCCCAGAAUUAUCCUAGUAAAUGUGUCUAAAAACAUCUGAAUCUGUCCCAAUGCAAUCGCGUUUUUUAUUUAUUUUUUUCUAGUCCAUCGCUAUCACUAUCCUCAAAUACGAACCUUUCAUCCUCGCUCAAAUUAAUGGGGAAAUUGUCGUUUUCUCAGUCCGAAUAGCUGUUUUUGUUGGAGGCUCCCAUUAAAAACAAUGUGAACAUGUGAGGAGCCAUCAACAUGCGACGUCAUCGUCUGCGACUUCCGGUAGAGGCAGGGCUUUUCUGUUAGCAAGCAAAAGUUGCGAACUUUAUCGUGGAUGUUCUCUACUAAAUCCUUUCAGCAAAAAUAUGGCAAUAUUGCGAAAUGAUCAAGUGUGACACAUAGAAUAAACGUGCUAUUCCCGUUUAAAUAAGAAAAUCUCAUUUCAGUAGGCCUUUAAUUGAAAUUUUGUCUUUAUUCAAAUAGUAGUUCUUAUUAAUUUAAUGUUUUUAUUCUACUUCUUUCCUUUUUUGGGGUGUUUGAAUCACCAUUUCUUUGUACUUUGUAUGAUUUUGUCCUCUGUUUUUUUCCAUUGUAUUAGCUUUGUUGUGAGAAUUGAUGCUUUACUGUGUAAGGAGUCCAAAAAGCUAAUCUUGAGAAAAACAAAAAUGGGUGCAGCAAACGCACAAAAGACUAAAUACAAGUUGAAAUAGUUGGAUUUAUGGGAAGAAUUAGCAUGAUGUUUUCACCAUUGAAGGGUUUGUGUUUUCUUCAUUGACGUAUACAGUCAGGUCACAAUUUCAACAAGGAUAUUGAUUUAAAUAAUGCAAACUGAGGUUAACAAACAUUACAGCAACAACGGGAGUAGGGGCAAUUCAAGGAGGACUUGAAGUUCUUGUUUUGCCUAAAAAAAUGAAGUGAGAAGAUGAAGUCCACGAGUGAUCAUUUGUGUUUGUUAGCACAUACUGGCCACAACGUAAACCAGUGCUUAUUGUUUGCAAAUUUUUCUAGAGGUGACAAAUGCUCCCGCUCCCGACUGUGGUUAAUCUUGGACCUGUUUUAGCGAGGACAGGAGGAGGGGCAACAAAUUGAGAGCGGGCCGGUUCUCCUGCACCCCCAAAGCUAUUAAAGCACUGGCAAGAAGGGAUGUGACUCUGGGCAGGACAGGAGGUGCAGCCUGCAUCACCUGCAUGGAGACAAUAACACGUAAUAUGCUUGUAGCGCUGCAAAAGUGUGCUUACAAACACACACACAAGUUUACAUACACUCGUAAAGAACAUAAUGUCAUGGCUGUUUUGAGUUUCAAAUAAUUUCUACAACUCAUAUUUUUUGUGAUAAAGUGAUUGGAGCACAUACUUGUUUCUCACAAAAGCAUUCUUGAAGUUUGGUUCUUUUAUGAAUUUAUUAUGAGUCUACUGAAAAUGUGACCAAAUCUGCUGUGUCAAAAGUAUACAUCCAGCAAUGUUAAUAAUUGGUUACAAGUCCCUUGGCAAGUUUCACUGCAAUAAAGCGCUUUUGGUAAAUAUUCACAA